GAAAUUCGACAAUCGUAAGUACAUUUUGGAUUGUAUUUUGGUUGUAUAUUGUGAACAUUAUCGUGGGGAAAAAUGAGUGAUACAGAAACAACUGAGAACGAGGCUCAAGAGACGGUGGUAAUAGUUAUAUCGGAUUUCAAGAAGCAGAAACGAAAUGCAAAAUCGUUGUUGACACGUUUGUUAACACAGUUAUCCUGUUUGUUGUCAGAGGAAAACCCUAAUCGAGAGAAUAUAUGCGAUUUAUUGGUUAAAAUCGAUGAACAGAAAGACAUUUGUUUGGAGGUAUUAGAUAAGCUUGAGGAAGCAUACCAGAAAAGUGGGGAUAAACAAAACGCAUUAAGAAUAGGUGAUGAAUCGGACAAAAUAGCUGAGCAAGUGGAUGUUGAAACACAUGCCUCACGUCAAUUUUUGUUAUAGUUAGUCAAGAAAUCUGUGCAUUUAAAAAACAAUGUUGCUAUGGCAACUGAAUCUCAACCGACCAAUACACAACAGCUGGCCCAGGAAAUUAUUACUACAGAAAAUAUGGAAACACCCUUGUUGGAAAAUGAUGGAGUACAAACUGAAUCGAAUAGCAGUUUGCCGCAAGAGACACAUCAAGUAAACAGUAACAUUGCACAUGAACAAUUAUCAAGUGGAAACAACACUACAUUUGUUGACAAUGGAAUUGGAACACAGUCGUCUGAGUCGUCCAAUAGCCAAUCGGAAUUAAACACGACUUCACAAAGUGGAAGUGCUCGCAGAGUGGAUGGACAUUUGGAGCGAAUUCGAAUUCCUAUUUUUACAGGAGACAAAAUGAAGUUUCAACAAUGGAAUGCCGCUUUUACUAGCUGUGUAGAUAAAACGUCAUUGAGUCCACAGUUCAAAAUGCUUAGACUGGAAUCAUGUUUACGAGGAGAAGCAGCCGAUACAGUUAGGGGACUUGGAUACUCGCAAGAAGCUUACAAUGCUGCAAGGGCUAGAUUGGAGAGAAAGUAUGGUGGUAGUCGGAGACAGGUUCAGAGUCAUUUAGAAGAAUUAAAAAAGUUGAAACCAUUACAAGAGGAAAAUGCCAGAGAAUUGGAAAUCUUUGCAGAUGUUUUAGAGCGGGCUGUCAUUUGCCUCAAAGAGAAUGGUAGACAAGCGGAUCUUGAAGCCGGAACUUUAUACACCAUUGUUCUUGAGAAGAUCCCGGAGAAAUUACUCUCCCAAUACUACAGAUGGCUAAGAGAGAAACAAAAGGAAGAAUCCAUGGAGACAUUAAAGGAUUGGAUUUCCCAAGAAGCUGAGUACCAAAUUCAGGCCUCAGAAAUUAAGCAUGGGUUUCGGAAGAUACGAGCAGAAAGAGUCGAUGGAAGCGGAAGUGGUUCCGGUCGAGGCGGACGGACCUUCUAUGGAAAACCAGUUGAUGGAGGUGACAAAAGAGUCAAGAAAUGCCAAGUUUGCACAGAGAUCCACCCUAUUUGGAAGUGUACAAAAUAUCGAGAUCAGUCAAUAGAAGACAAGUGGAAAAUGGCAAAGAAGUUAGGUUUGUGCUACCGUUGCCUUGGUGACAAUCACUUAGGAAAUGCCUGCAAAUGGAACAGACAAUGUAAUAUAGACGGUUGCAAUGAGACCCAUCACUAUUUGCUUCAUAGGCCAAGGGAUCCCUCUAAG